UUUGAACAUACAGAGUACCCACAUGUCAUUGGAGUAGUCUCAGCUGUUCAGGGACUCAAAUAUAUGCAACGAGUUUGUUAAUGGGACAGUUGUUCAACUCCUAAAACCUUCAUACCACAAUGGCCCUUAUGGGAGUGCAGCUGGUGGUCAGCUUGCUGGCCGCCACUAUAAUGCAGAGGAUGGCCCCACACUGCUCCUUUGCACGCUGGCUGCUGUGCAAUGGCAGUCUCCUGCGCUUCAAGCACCCUUCUGAAGGAGAGCUUUGUGCCUUGGCCGGGAAGCAGAUAACCAAACCCAACAAGAAAGACAGAAGACAAAAUGGCCACAGAGAAAACAAGCCUCUCACAGUGCCGAAGGAUAUAGAUCUCCGUCUCGAAAGCACUCCUGUCAAUCCCCUUGAUGCCCUAGUUCUGAGGUUCUUCAUUGAGUACCAGUGGCUCAUUGAUUUUGCCAUCUAUGCAACGGGAAUUUUUCUUUUCACCGAGGGCUACUACAGUGUGGUGGAUGCCAGCAAGGAGGUCAACAUUGGUGUCAUCUGGUGUGUGUUGACUGUGUUCUUUUGCCUGAGGAGUCUGCACACGCUGAUGAGUCACUACUUCAGCUCGGAUGAGGGCGGUGAGCGCUCUGUGUGUUUGGCCUUUGGCUUUCUGUCCCUGCUGGUAGCCAUGUUGGUGCUCGUUGUGAGGGAAGACUACUUGGAGUUUGGCCUGGAACCUGGUUUUAACAGUCUUUUUGACAACCUGGAAGUUUUUGCAAAACAGCAAGGCUAUGCGUGGUCGGUGCCUAUUACCAAGUUGACGGUGAAGCUGGGGUUGGCUUGCGUCUGUGCCUUCGUUGGUGCCCUGCUGGCUUUUCCUGGACUUCGUCUGGCCCAGACACACCUAGACGCCCUGCAGCUAAAUGCUGACCGUCCCUUCAUAAAAAUCCUCUUACACAUCAGCUUCCUGUCCCCUCUGCUGGUGCUUGUGUUGUGGGUGAAGCCGAUCGCCAGAGACUUCCUGGCCAACGCUCCAAUGGGAAAGACCACAGUGACCCUGAUCCCCAGCUCGGCCUUUAACACGGUGCGCCUGUGGACGGUGGUGGCUCUGUGUGUGCUGCGUCUGCUGGUGGUGCGCUUCCACAUGCAGGCCUACCUCAACCUGUCCCAGAAGUGGGUGGAGCAGAUGAAGAGGGAGGCCGGCCGUAUAGCUGCCAUCGACAUCCAGAGAAAGGUUACCCGAAUCUUCUGCUACUUGACUGUAGUCACGCUACAGUAUCUGAUCCCUAUUCUACUGAUCCUCUUUUCAACCUUAGCCUUGAAGUCUUUGGGUGACUUCUCAUGGGGGUUUGUUGAGGAGACCCCAGGGGUGACCCCCGCGCUGGUCCUCCCGACCUCCCCGCCACCCGUCUCGGGGCUUGAGGACGACGAGGAAUCCGAGGACAUGGAGGAGGAGGUCCAGGCCACCGUGGCUCGCUUGGCCGAGGCCUUCCACGGCCUGUGCGCCAUCCUAACGCCGCUCUUCUUCAGGGGCUUCUUCGCCUUCUUCACCUGGUGGGUGGCGGCGUGCCAAGUCAUCAGCAGCCUGUUCGGCAUCUACUUCCACCAGUACCUGAUGCACAACUGAAAGGGGGGGCCUCCGUCUCUACUGCCCCCCUCAUAUUGCACUGAGUUCACAUUACAAACCCCCUCACACAUAGAUUUGUCUUAGUCAGAGUCACAGCCUGCUACAUUCAAAGGGGUUGAGGUGUUGUACCCCCAAGCAGCUAGAGUGAAAUCAUGACAUUGAAGUGGCACUAUGAAGUCAUUUCAGAAAUGGCAUUCUGACUAUGGGACAUGUUUAAGUCUCGAGUCAGGCCAUUGGCAAGGCUGGACCUGAUGACUGAGUUUGUUUAUAACUCUUAAACAUUUAAGCAUGACUUCAGUGCCAGUAUGUGUCAUCUUUUCUGAUGUAAAAAAGGAGAAAUAACUGCGCUAACAAUUUUACGACACAAUCAGUAGCUUAACCGUGGCAGUUUCACACUCAGCUCUGGCCUUACCUACAAUCCAAAACAUUCAGAUUUACAUCUGAUGACUAAUAAUAUUUAUUUUGACAUCAUCUGUCAUACUUUAAUAUCACUAAACUGACUUUCUGUACGUCGCGUACCUCCUAAAUAAUGUCCGUAGUUCUUUCCCUGUUACUUUAGUUCCCAUAGUUCUUGAACUGUAUGUCCAAAGCAUUAGUCCUCCAUUAACAUGCUGCCUAGGGAACUACAGUAUUCACUCAAUGCGCCUGGUAUUCAGAUCAAAUUAAAGUGCCUGGAAACUCAGGGAUUUUGAAGGUGGGGUUUCAUUGUCCAGCACACCGGCCCGUGAUGACCUAAGCCGAACUCUGUUGUGGGACGGUGUUACGAAAGCCACAGCCACCCACAUCGGUCACCCAUAGGGCUCAAAGGUUUCGGUUCUCCUCUUUUCUUUCAGUUUUCUUUGAUGCCAAGCACUGUAUACAUACAAGAGGGACGCAUUUCAUGUGAAGCUUUCAUGUGUAGUUGGCCUACAGAACCAUGAAGAUUUCAAAAGUAAUCAUUUUUAUUUAUUUAUUUAUUACUGAGUGCCACAUAUAGCUGAACCCUCGUCUGUGAUUUUAGAGCGGUACAGUCCCAGUUUAAAUUAGUUGUUUCGAGCGAGGUUUGAUUAAAAAAAUUAAAUAAUAAAGAUACAUUUUUUUACAAAGGCUGAGAACAAAAUGAGCUGUCAGUCGUGUCUCUGUGGGGGUUUUGAGCAAAUUUGAUUUUUUUUCUUUUCUUGACUGAACAAGAUUGUUUCUUGAAUGAUGAGUCAUAUUUGGUACUUUUUAUCUUUGGUUGAGUUUUAAUAAAAUGGAAAGAUUGAUUGUGAAGUUACAAUACAUUUGGUUUCUAUCUUGGUUUCUAGUACUGCUUUUAAAAACUAACAAUAUUUAGUUUGGACCAUUGAUCUGCCAGUUUUACUGUACUUAAGCAUCCUUAAGAGAUGCAUUUCUAGUGACUCCUAACCUUUGGCCCUUGAACAGACUCGAUAGAUAUUUGAAAAGAAGAAUGGUUUAUUGAAAGCCAAAAAGGCUAGUACAGUGCUGUGAGUGUAUAAGGGAACACUGGCCCACCAGUGACACUGCAGGGCAAACAUUGAAGCCAUGGGGCAGGCUGAGGCGCAUAUAUAUAUAUAUGUCUAUGGGCUGAGGGGCUGACAUGAUUUAUUAGUGAUAUUAUUUCACUUCCACACACCAUCAAGACGGACAAUGAAGCUCAGUCGCAGGUCAGAUGGUCACUUGUCUGGGCAUUUUAUUAGCUUCUUGUCUGGGGUAUGCUUCACUGGAGGCAAUUUAUAUCAGCUGAGUGAAGGGUUACUGACAGGGAAGACUGGCUGCUUCACAUAGCCGAGGCUAAGCACAGUGACCUAAUCUACAUUCUGGGUAUUCCUGCAACUGGAUGAAUAAAGAAAAUACCCGUGGCAAGGCAGCACUUAUGGUCCAAUAAAAAAGGAGCAUGUAACAUGGAACUAACUUUAGUCAGCCGAAGAGAUUUGGAGAUCAGUAUUGUCAUCAUGGUGUAGCUUGUAAUCUUGCUGUAACAGCGUAUUUUUCGAAGAAUUAGGUUUGUCUAGGCUUUAGGUCGGCUAAAUAGGCCUGUAAUUCAUUUUUUUGUUGUUGAAGCGAGUCCGUGGCCAUCAUAAAGCACAUGUAAACGCGCUUCUUGCAUACAUGUCUACUUCCAGAUUUCGGAGCUGUGGCAAGUCUGGGAGAGAGCGUGAUGUAGUGAACUGAAGGGGGCAUGGUUGACAUAUACUCGCAUCAAUUAUGUGUAUGUGUUUUGGAGGUCUCGUCUGAUGCCGUCUAGGGUCUUCAUGGUUGCUUUAGAGCCUGACGGUGGGCUAUUCAGACGCCUGCAGACUGACCCACUCUCUAGGGACGAGCCCAGACGUGACCCCUGCGACACUCUUUUAACCGUUGAUGGCGGGACAGAGGGGCGUGUCUGUCUUUUUCCGGAGGAAUAUUUUUUAGUCCAUUUUGUCAUUUGUGGUUUCAAAGCUCGACGUUUGUUUCAAGUUUGCCCGCCAACCCAAGCAUAGCUUAUAGAAUUACUCUACGUCCAUGGCACAAAUAAGUAGAUUUUGUUUUUUGAUGAUGCAGCAUCGUGCAAUUGUAGUUGGCUGUACAGACAACAUCCACCACUAUGCUAGAAUCUUGUGCAGCAUGUUUGACCACAAUAAAUAAUUACAAGUAGUCACAUUGGGCUACACAAAUAAAAAUGUUUUUUUGAUGUC